ACAUGCUGUAUGCCUCCGUCAAAACAAUCGAAAAAAUAGUAGUUUUUUUUAAUUAUAUUCCAAUAAGUAACACGCAAAGUGCAACUCACUAGUUUUUAUUAUUUAUUUCAUUGUUUUAGGAAAAAUAUUAACAUUAAUAAAAUUGAAUAGAAAAUGUCUUCUCCAUAUUAUAUAAAUGGCACCAGAGAAGAAUCAAAUAUUAAAGAGUUCGAAGAUUUAGCUGCUCCUAUUCAAGAACUUAUUAUGGCAGCUGUAGAGGCACGCAAAAAUGCCUACUGUCCCUAUAGUAAUUUUGCAGUUGGCGCCGCUAUACGCACUGCCGAUGGCAGCAUUUAUACUGGGUGCAACAUUGAAAAUGGAGCAUAUACGGCAGGAAUAUGUGCUGAACGUACAGCUGCUGCAAAAGCAAUUAGCGAAGGAAAACGUGAUUUUGUUGCUUGUGCUGUUGUAGCUUCACAAGAAGGUGUCUUUACCACACCCUGUGGUGUUUGUCGACAAUUUUUAGCUGAAUUUGCUGUCAAAAAAGAUUUUGCCCUUUAUGCCACCCGACCCUUAAGUCCACCUUUUCGUGUUUUAUGUACAACAAUACUGGAAUUGUUACCAAAGAAUUUUUCUCUCAAUAAAUAAAGUGUUAAAAUAACAAAAAUAUAAUAUUUAAAGAAGCCAACAUAUGUAUAUCAUGAUAAAGAUGUAUUUAUUUUAAUAAAAAUUAAUGUGGAACAUUAUUUUUAUUAAUAUUAA